UUUGAAGAUCUCCGCCUACGGUCACACCUUCAAGCAGCACGCCAAAAAACGCGAAUUUUUCAGAUGUAGAAAUUAUUUCAUAGUUUCCUUCUGUGUCUGCCUGCGUGUUUCCUUUUUAGAUCGAUUUAUAAACAUUAACGGCCACAUAUCCCAAGUGUCCCCCAGCAACGUAGCAAAACGAGAAUUCUGGUUCCAAGGAAGCGGACAUCCCCACACGCAUGUCGCUGACUCCCGAUGGUUUCGGGCAUAAUGCGUACGCUACCAAACCCAACGCAGGCCCACACGAAUCUGUAGUGCUAAGCGCAACUUACUCGCUUGCCGCCAGCGCUGGCCAGGAGGAGCAGCAGCAGCAGCAGGAGCGCCAGCUCUACAAUCUAAACCACGACUCCUACACGUCCAGCCAUGUGCCGGAAUACAAUGAUGCCGAAGAGCAAAUGCAACUGGGAACAGUAGGGGAGCAACUGCAACUGGCCACAGUAGAGGAGCAACUGCAACCGGCCACAGAAGAGGAGCAGCUGUAUCUGCCGGCAGAGAGCCAGCAGCUCGAAGUAGACUACCAGCAGCCGGAGGCAGAGGAGCCCCAGUACAAUACACAACCCUUGCUUGGACUUGGCCUACAGUUUGAGACCUACAACCAGGAGCAGCUAGCCUACCUGCAACAACAGUUUGCCUCUCAAGAGAAUUUCCUUAACGAGCAGCCACAUAUCCCACUAGGCGAGCCACAACAGGCAGCCGCCGUAUCAGAAUCGAAGGUAAAACUAGGAGCCGAGGAUCAGCUACACCAACAGCAACAGUUUACCGUUGAGGAACAGCAGCAGAAAAGUGUCUUGGGACAGAAGAAAAUCCAUCAUCAAAAAGCAGAAACUCAAUCAUCGAUCAGCCGAGAAAAAUUAUUUUUGGAUUUUGUUCAGCUUUCCAGCAGAGAGCACCAGAUCGAAGAUCUAACUGAAAAUUAUCACCUGCUGAAUCGUAUAGCCAUCGUUGGGUCUAAAAGUUUCCACAUCCUACGCGAAACCUUCAACCUGACACCAGAUUGCCACCCGGAACUUAUUGAAUCGCAAAUCUUAGGGAUCUUAAGAUUGCGCCAGAAACUGAUCAAUUUGCGGCCACUUUUAAUAGAUAAUCCCGAUCCGCUAGCCUUGCCCAUACUCAGGGAACUCCAGCUGGCCAUAGAAGGUGCCUCGCAGGUCUGCCAGGACUUGGGGCAGCAGGUGGCAAGGGUCAAUAAUAGUUGCGCCAAGUCAAGCUAUUCAAUGGGUUUGGAGCUUUUGAAUCGUAUACGCAAAGUUAUAUCUGGCUGGUAUAGGAGCAACGAGGCACAAUUGGAGCCGGAGGAGGCGGGUUCCGGAUCUGGUCCCGCUGGGGACCAACAACAACAACAACAACAGCGUGACAGCCGUAAGCGACGCAUCGCAGAGGACGAACCGCCAUUGAUCAAAUACCGUCGCGUGGACAACUCCUUUCCGCGCUUCAUACCGAAUGAGGCGGCUGCCGAGGAACCCGUGCCCAACAACAGGUCCAUGGCUGAGAGGGAAACUCAGCGGCAGUACGCCAAGCGACUGUCCAUAUUCAAUGCACCGAUACUAACGCAGCAGCGUGUUCGCAACAAUGCCGCCGACAUACAGAUCGAUCUGUCGGAUGAUGAUGAGCAGGUGCCCCUCUUUCGACCGGGUGCUUCCUAUAGACCACCACCACCGCCGGCAGCGGCAUCUGCCGCCCCGCUUGGCUCUGAUUCCUCGACCACCAUGCGUCCCCAAAUGCUGUAUUCCGAUGCAGUGCGUCUGGGACAGAAUGGUUUCGCCGAAAGUCGCAUGAAUGGGCAUCCCAAUAAACCAUCGGGACAUGGCGAUGAUAGCUUGCUAAGCCAGGAGGAGCGUCGUUCGGAGCGGGAGCAAUAUCUGGCCUUGUUGCGCAAUCUUUGCUCGGACAAAUCCUCGCUUCGUGCUUUAAAUAACACAAAUCCUCCGCCGCUGCGGGUAAUUAACAGAAACGCUGAACGUUCUAGCACCUGGGGCUCCAUAUUGGCCAACAACAAGGCACCACCAGCGGGCCAGGAGCAGCAGAAGCCACAGCCGCCAAAACCGAUUAGUAACCGUGAUUUUGAGGACUAUGCCAAGCUGCUUAAUCGAGAGCAGCACAAGAACAUACCUCCACCGCCGCCGCUUAUACGCUUGGGCAGUGCCAAGAGCCUCACCAGUCAUGCCUCCACAAUAUCCAUCUCGGAGAGCAUAUCGAGUUCCUCAGAUAGCUGCUCAAAUGCCUCCGAUGAAAAUCAGGCAGCAGCUGCUGCUCCUGCUAACCUGACCAACCACAAAAUUGCUUCCUUGAAGUCAUCACCAAAGAGUGAUCAGCUAAAUACCACAGUGUCGCGUCAUGAGCUGCUGCAGCGUAGCUUGGAGAAUUGUGUUUUCUUCAAGGACACCUUUGCCGAGGAUCAUAUGAAGAAAAUUGAGCGACAGGAAAAGGAGCUGGAACAACGUCGUCAAUUGGCCACGAUUCAAGCUGAAAAAUCACGCGCCGUACGCCUCGAAUUUGAGCAGCAUUUGCGCUCAAACAUUUUCCAAAUGCGUCUAACCCACAAACCGAUUCUGGUAAUCGGUUCCAUAGAGAAAACCCAGGAGAAAAAGGAGCCCGAGUUUGUACCGCUUACCGAAGAGCACAUGAAGCGUUUCAGUGAACUGAUAAAUGGUCCUCCUCAACAGGUGCUUGUCAACAAAUUUAGUCUACAAAUUCAUCGCAGCGAUAUACGGACUUUGCUUGGCAGCAGCUGGCUCAACGACGAGGUCAUCAAUUUUUAUAUGAACCUUUUGACGGAACGCUCAGAGCUACGCUCUGAUCAGCUGCCCAGGGUAUAUGCGAUGAAUACCUUCUUUGUGCCGCGUUUGCUACAGACUGGACAUGGCGGCGUGAAACGUUGGACACGCAAAGUGGAUCUAUUCAGCAAGGAUAUUAUACCGGUGCCAGUGCAUUGCAAUGGUGUGCAUUGGUGCAUGGCCAUUAUCCAUAUGCGCAACAAGACGAUCCGUUACUACGAUUCAAUGGGUAAGCCCAACCAGGAUGUGCUGGACGCACUGGAGAUGUACCUGCGUUUGGAGUCGCUCGACAAGCGCAAGCAGCCCUUUGAUACCAGCGAUUUUAAGAUCGAGAGCGUGGCGAAUGUACCGCAACAGAGUAAUGGCAGCGAUUGUGGCGUCUUUAGCUGCAUGUUUGCCGAGUAUAUAACGCGCGAUGCACCGAUCACAUUCAGUCAGGAGCACAUGGAUUAUUUCCGCAAGAAGAUGGUCCUGGAGAUAGCCGAGGGCAAGCUGUGGAAGUAAAUAAAUAUAUAUAUAUAAAAAAUAUAAGAUAUACGCAGGGGGGGAUCCUAAUUUAUUGAAUAGCUACAUAAGUGUGUCCCAAGCAGAAGCAUAAACAUAAACACCUCUUGCAACGAUCUGUAACCUCUGAAAAUAAAACCCCUUGAGCCGGAUAUUCCAGAUAUUUUUGUCAAAUCAUCUUCUUAAUGUGUAAACAAAAGACACAAAAGCAUACAUCCAUAUUGUAACAGAGUAAAAGAGUAACUAGUUUUUCAAAUAAAACAACGGAAUCUAAAAUCGAGAGAAGUAAUACUUAUUUUUGAAUAUGAAACUGUGUAAACAAAUGUACAUGUUUUUUUUUUCUUGUAUGUGAAUUUACAACUUGCAAAAUAUGUUUUUAUUUUUUUUUUCUUAAAUCUGUAAGUUUAGGUUGUGUAAUCUUAAUUCGUAAGCUAUAUUUCAGUUAAUUCUUAUACUUUAGUUUGGAGUCUGCACAUUUGUUUAUUUUUUAGAAAUAAUUUUGUUUGUAUUUUUUGUAAGUUUAACAUAUAAUUUAGUUGGUACUAUAAUAAACUUACUUCCCACAUUUUA